AUGAUCCUCUCGAUGCGUCAAAUGCGACCGGCCGUCACGUCCAUGGCACGGUCUGUUGCCCGCAGUAAUCCUCGGAUAGCCCAGACGGAUUGCUCCCUGCGUUUCGAGCAUGCAGCCGCUAGGCGACUUAUACCUACGCAAUUUUGCAAUGGACGUUCGUUCUCCUCUUCGCCGGUGGUCGGGCUGGCGACUGACGACCGAGUUGUCGAAGGUUCACCUGUGGAAGGAGCAGAACAGGCGCUGGACGCUGCCGCUUCGGCGGUCGAUUAUGCAUCAGUGUCGGACCUUGGCUACGGUUUGUCUGACAUUGCGAUUCGCUCGCUCGAUCUGAUUCACUCUACGACGGGACUUCCGUGGUGGGCAACCAUCAUUGCGACGACCGUUGCCGUCCGUACGGUCUUCUUUCCGAUUACAGUCGUAUCGAUGAGAAAUGCAGCCAAGAUGAAACUGUUCCAGCCUGACAUGGAGAAGCUGCGCAAUGAGAUGGACGCCAAUCCGGAUCGAGAUCCUGAGUCUAUCAAGGAGUUCCAGAAGAAGUACAAAGCGUUGAUGAAGAAGCACGACGUGAACCCGCUCAAGAGCAUGCUCACGCCUUUGGCUCAGAUACCAGUCUUCAUCGGAUUCUUCUGGGGUCUGCAGGACAUCUCCAAGUACUUUCCGGAGUAUGCACACGAAGGAAUUGGCUGGGUGAAGGAUCUUUCCGUCGCGGACCCGACGACAGCGCUUCCUGUAAUUUCGUCUGCUCUAUUGGUCGCGUCUGUGGAACUUGGUGGCGACGCUAUGACUGGCGAAAUGAAAGAUAAGAUGAAAUUCGGCAUGCGCUGCUUUGCGGUCCUGAUGGUCCCACUUACCAUGAACUUCCAGUCGGGCAUCUUCGUAUACUGGGUGACAUCGAAUAUGUACACGCUGACGCAAACGGCUUUAUUGCGGCUAAACUUUGUCAAGCGUGUGUUCAAUAUUCCGGUGACCGAGGUACAACGCUUGGAAACAUCCAGCGUAACGAUGACGUCGCCCUUUGAAGCUGCAGUGGCUCGUGCGAAGGAAGGCACGAUUGUCAAGACGCACAUGUACAAACCGACCAAGCCGUCUAAGAAGAAACAAUGA